CGCUUGACCAAUGUACGACUAUCGAUAGUAUCUUAUUUAGCGGGAUUAUCAUCGUUUCAUUCUGGUUUUUGCUUAUACUUUUCUGACACAAUCAGUGUAUAUUCCUUCCAUCAGCAAGACACUUCGAUUAGAAAGAGACAGAGAAAGAAAGAAAGAGAGAGAGUGAGAGAGAAAGAGAGGGAGACAGAGGUAACAUAGCCGACACAAUGGCAUCGAUGAAGUUAUCGUCUAGUUCGAAAUGCGUCAAGUACCUUAUGUUUAUCUUCAAUUUAGCCUUUGUGAUGACGGGAAUAGUAUUCCUGGUCUUAGGUACGGCUAUUCAUGCGGUUUAUUACAAUUACAAUCACAUCCUUGACAAUAAAUAUUUGUCGGUACCAUCGUUGAUGAUAGCGAUCGGUAUUAUUAUCUUCUUCAUUGCUUUCUUCGGAUGCUGCGGUGCCGUGAAAGAAAAUUAUUGCAUGCUGCUUACCUUCACGGGGCUAUUAAUAUUUAUUUUCAUACUCGAACUCUCUGCCGGAAUUGCUGGUUACGUUCUGAGAUCAGAUGCAGGCGAAGUUCUUGAAAACAAGAUGAAAGCUACUAUACCGAAGUAUAACCAAAGUGCAGAGAUCACUCAAUUUUGGGACGAACUUCAAUACAAUUUCAAAUGUUGCGGUGUUAUAAAUAGUACCGAUUGGAUGGUCAAAUUUAAUAAUGGCGAUCUUCCGGUGUCUUGUUGUGCUAAAAAGUUUGGACAAUAUGGUUCCAGUAUUUGUAACAAUACGGCGGACACUGUUUAUAAACAAGGAUGUGAAUACACGUUCGAACAAUACAUCAAGGCACAUGCUGUGCAACUAGGUGGUGUUGGUCUUGGUAUCGCAACUAUUCAGGCAAUAGGCAUAUGGUUCUCCAUCUAUCUGGCACGAUCUAUUAGAAAUAGUUACGAAAGUGUAUAAAGUAACAACAAUAACAAUAACAACAACAACAA